AUGACCCCGUGCCGCGUCCGCGCCGUCCGCGCCGUCCGCGCCGUCCGCGCCGUCCGUUCGAUCGACUCCGUCGACGUCCGCCAGUACCUCCCGGCCGUGCCCCACGCGCACGACGACGACGACGUCGCCGGCGACGACGACAGCGACGACGACGACGACCCCCGUGUAUACCUCGACGACUACCACGUCCCCGACGGCUUCGAGGCUGUCGAGCUCUCGAGCCCGCCCAUGCUCCUCCUCAACGACGUCAUCGCCGUGGGCGACAUCUACCUCGUGCACUGCUGCGACGAUCUCACCUUCAUGUUCGGGAAGAUCGUCAAGCACAACCCGCGCGCGUCGAAGUACAACUACGACAGUGCCUUAGAACCGGGCUUUCUCGUGUCCCAUACACGAACUUCACCACCUUCACCAUUGAAGCCCUUGGAGGCUGUCGCAACUAGAGUACCGUCCAUGGACGUGUCUAUUGCCAACGGAAAAAAUAUUCUGGCAUCACAUAGUGCCUCCAUCCUGCACAAGCCCCGAAAAGGCAGGAUGUACGCGGCCUAG